AUGGCAGCCAAUGGGAGUAUCAUUGACUCAGGAGAAGAAAAAGUAGCUCUUCAGAUUUUUCCAAAGGUUGCUGGCCUUGCUCACUGUGUUCAUGAUAAUGCUGUUCUGAAAGAGAAGUUUGAGAGGUUGGUUUCCACAGAUGAAGAGUUACAUGGCCAGUGA